UUUUAGCAGGGGCCUCGGCUCCGCAACUGCCACUCCUCCUUGGGGUGUUGCACAAGUUUCGAGGUCACCGGCGACCCCCCCUAGCAGCGCCCCUGGCUCUGGCCCCCGUGAAGGAGGACGGGGCUUGUGUGUUGCAUACUUCUAAGGAGGCUGCAGCGGCAGCGGCGGCGGCGGCAGCGGCGGCGGCUCCAUCCCGCCCACCGGCCCUCCCUGCGCGGCAUGGCAGGUUACCUGAGUGAAUCGGACUUUGUGAUGGUGGAGGAGGGCUUCAGCACCGGAGACCUGCUGGAGGAGCUCACUCUGGCGGCCUCACAGGCCACCACGGGCGAGGUUGCUGCCUUCUUCGUGGCUGACCUGGGAGCCGUAGUGAGGAAACACUUCGGCUUUCUCAAGUGCCUGCCACGCGUCCGGCCCUUUUAUGCUGUCAAGUGCAACAGCUGCCCAGGCGUGCUGAAGGUCCUGGCCGAGUUGGGGCUGGGCUUCAGUUGUGCCAACCAGGCAGAGAUGGAGUUGGUCCAGCGUCUGGGCAUCCCCGCCAGUAAGAUCAUCUACGCCAACCCCUGUAAGCAAAUCGCACAGAUCAAGUACGCUGCGAAGCACGGGGUCCAGCUGCUGAGCUUCGACAACACCCUGGAGCUGGCAAAGGUGGUGAAGAGCCACCCCGGUGCCAAGUUGGUUCUGAGUAUCGCCACCACCGACUCCCACUCCCUGAGCCGCCUGAGCCUCAAGUUUGGUGCGUCCCUGAAAUCCUGCAGGCACCUGCUUGAGAACGCCAAGAAGAACCACGCAGAGGUGGUGGGGGUGAGUUUCCACGUUGGAAGUGACUGCCCCGACCCCCAGGCCUACGCCCAGUCCAUCGCAGAUGCCCGGCUCGUGUUCGAAAUGGCCACUGAGCUGGGCCACAGGAUGCACAUCCUGGACCUCGGUGGUGGCUUCCCUGGAGUGGAGGGGCCCAAAGUGAGAUUCGAAGAGAUUGCUUCUGUGAUCAGCUCAGCCUUGGACCUGUACUUCCCGGAGGGCUGCGGUGUGGACAUCCUUGCCAAGCUGGGGAGGUACUACGUGACCUCGGCCUUCACCUUGGCCAUCAGCAUCAUGGCCGGGAAGGAAGUUCUUCUGGACCAACCUGGCCGGGAGGAGGAAACCGGCUCCACCCCCAAGACCAUGGUGUACUACCUCCCGGAGGGCGUGUAUGGAAGCUUCAACUCAGUCCUGUUUGACAACACCUGCCCUAGCCCCAUCCCGCAGAAGAAACCAUCCUCAGAGCAGCCCCUGUUCAGCAGCAGCCUGUGGGGCCCGGCGCGCGAGGGCUGUGACUGCAUCGCGGAAGGCCUGUGGCUGCCUCAACUACGCGUAGGCGACUGGCUGGUCUUUGAGAACAUGGGCGCUUACACCCUGGGCACUGGCUCCCUCUUUGGAGGAGCCCAGGCCUGCCGCAUCACCUGUGCCAUGUCCCGGGUGACCUGGGAAGCGCUGCGAGGGCGGCUGCCGGCAGAACAGGAUGAGGGAGCUGACGGCGUGUGCAAGCCUCUGUCCUGUGGCUGGGAGAUCACAGACACCCUGUGUGUGGGCCCUGUCUUCACCCCAGCGAGCAUCAUGUGAGCGGGCCCCGUUCCCCCCAGAAGCCCAGCGGGGCCGCAGAGCUGCCUGUGGGAGAGGCAGGCAGGGCAUCCUCUGGCCAGGACUCUGGUGCCCACGCGGCCACCCCCCCACCGUGCUCUGCCCGUAGUGUUUCUGCCCUGUAAAUAGGACCAGUCUUACACUCGCUGUAGUUUCAAGUAUGCAACAUAAAUCCUGUCCCUUCUAGCCGUGUCCGCCUCCUCUGCAGCGCAAGCAGGUCGGUCAGCCAGGUGCUGGGUGUUCUCGGGGUGUCCCGGGGUCUCCUUCCCACCUUUGUAAAUAUGAAGCAAAUAAAUAUUUAGGUUUUUCAAUA